AUGAAUUCUGUAAAAGAAGAGAUGGAGAAAAUUAACUUUGUGAAGAAUGGUGUGCUGAGAUUGCCUCCUGGAUUUCGGUUCCAUCCUACUGAUGAAGAACUCGUGGUACAAUAUUUGAAGCGCAAGGUUCUUUCUUACCCUCUACCAGCUCCUAUCAUCCAGGAGGUCGAUGUUAACAAGUCUGAUCCUUGGGAUUUGCCAGGUGAUUCAGAGCAAGAGAGAUACUUUUUCAGCACAAGAGAGGUGAAGUACCCGAAUGGGAACCGAUCAAACAGGGCCACUGGUUCCGGCUACUGGAAGGCAACUGGAAUUGACAAACAAAUUGUGAGUUCGAGGAGCCACCAAGCUGUUGGGAUGAAGAAAACUCUAGUUUUCUACACGGGAAAGCCUCCAACUGGAUGCAGAACUGAUUGGAUUAUGCACGAGUAUCGCCUAGCUCAGGCAGUAACCACUACCCCGCAAGGGAGAACUUUAGGCCAGGAAAACUGGGUAGCCUGCCGAAUAUUUUUGAAGAGAAGAAGCAACAAAAAUGACGACCAGGUCGCACAAGUGCAAAAAGAAACCAGAGGAGCCCCUAUUGUAGGGAAAUCUAUGCCUGUUUUCUAUGAUUUGAAUCUGGUACCAGUAUCCUCAUCUUCAGGUUCAAGUGGGAUCACAGAAAUCGAAUCAGAUCACGAAGAAAGCAACGAAAGAGAACAAGGUCAGAAAGAGACAUAUCUCCCGCCCAGGAGAUCAGUUCUGAGAUCAAAGUUGAAUAAAGUUUAUGAGGUAGAUGGACAAAAGGAAAGCAAAAAGAGGCAGCAUCAAGUUUUGAGACAGACAUUGAGCGGAGAAUCCUCUAAUCGCGCAUGA